GUGGCUGGGGAGAGGGAGGUCUGGGCUUCUCUGCUUGGGCUGCUGCCGUUGCGCAGUUGGCGUGGAGCACCCAUAAUUGCGUUGUUCAUGUACAGUGACAAUAAAGGGCUAUUCUAUUCUAUUCUAUUCUGUUCUAUUCUAUUUUAUUCUAUUCUAAAUCUAUAUAAAUGUACAUCAGAAACCUUUCUUUCUAAAUUAAUUUGAACUGUGACGCUUCUGUUUGUGGCAAUUUUUCUCCUUUCUCCAUAAAACAGAAGUUGUUCAUCUCACAUCUUGAUCUCGUGAGAACACCAUCAGACCAGAGCAGCUGACUGUACUUCAAAGCAGGGGAGCUGCUUGCAGGAAAACUACCUGAACAGCAUUUACAAUGCGACAGUUUCACUAUUUUUAUCGGUUUAUAAUUUUUUCAAGAAUUAAAAAAACAACAACUUUAUUCUCGUAGAAUCCGAAUUCAAACGUGAUAUAAAUAAAUAACUUUUUGCUGAUAGCUUUUUCUCUCGACAUUAUUUAUCCUGUAAUGAGGAAGAAGGUUCAUUUAAAACCACUAAAGAGUGUCCAGGAUUCCGUUUCCAGUAAGGUGGAUUUACGCAAGGAUUUAACUGUGAAGCAGUCGGUGUUAAAAGGAUUAGAGUAAGUCUGAUCUUGCAGUAUAACACUAUCUGAAAUGCAGUCGACGUUUUUUUCGGCUACAGUUUCAGCCCAGUUCAAAUAACGUCAUCUAUACGAAGCUUUUAAUUUGAUAGGUGACGCAAACCCACUAAUAACGAAGAAAUUGUUAUAUUAAAUUGACACGCGAAACAAUCCAUAUGUUUCUAAGACUUGUGUUUUAUAUAAGGCAGUAUAUAUAGGGAACCACGCCCACAAGGCUUUUAUAGUCAGUUAGGCUGGAGCGAGUCCAGCAGAUGGAUUUUGAGGGUUCAAAUGGAUUGUAGAACAGCUGAGCAGCUAAGGCGCAAUAUGAGGCGUUUUGUUUUCUCUUUAUUUUGGCUUGUCGGGGAUUUGCAGCUGGCUCUUUCCGCUGGUUUGAAGGAUACACCGACUCUGGGGUCUAAAAAUACUCCUCGACUUCUGAGCAAAGAUAUUCUAAGCGUUGGGCUUGAAUACCAAAUUAAUCAGAACCACAGCGUGUUGUUCUAUGAGGAGGGCUCAGAUGAACUGUACCUGGGAGGCAAUGAUUUUAUAUUGAAACUCAAUGUGGACGACUUCCACAUCAUAGAGAAAUUUCAUCUGAAUGCAACGGGGCAAGAGGAAUGCCAAGAGGACCCCUGUGAAAAUGUUAUCACUGUCAUUGAGAAGUUUCAGAACGACCUGUUUGUCUGCGGGACAAACGGACAGAAACCAGAGUGCUGGCAACUUCGCCCUUCAGUGAACAAUCAGUCUCUUGAAAUAUUCGAUAGUCGUGAUGGGACUGGAAUCUCUCCAUUUAUCUACACACAGAACUCCCUAUCGCUCACAGUAGAAGGGGAUCUGUAUGCAGCAGCACCUUUGGAUGCUGAUGGAAGUACAUUGCAGUUCAGAAGAAAAGCUGGCCGCAGGACUAAUGUCUGGAUGUAUGACAGCUGGGUCUCAGAGCCCACGUUUGUCUCUGCGUCAUGGGUGCAGCGGAAGGACGACCCAGACAAUGAGAAAAUUUAUGUCUUUUUCCGUGAGAAGAACUCAGACCACAACCGAGAGGUUGACCCACUGAUAUCUAGGGUUGCCAGAGUUUGUAAGGUGGAUGAAGGUGGAUCAAAACGAUUUUUCCAGAACAUGUGGACAUCUUUUCUCAAGGCCCGUCUUGUGUGUGGAAUUCCAAAGGAGUCGCUGUAUUUUAACCGCCUCCAAGAUGUUUAUGUGAUGCAUGCAGACAACUGGCAAGACACCAAGGUCUAUGCCCUCUUCACGAGCAACUGGAAUUCUACAGCAGUCUGCAUCUAUACAAUAAAAAUGAUUGAAAAUAUAUUUGAGAACUCCAAUUUCAAGGGCUACAACGCCAACAUUCCCACACCAAGGCCAGGAACGUGUUCCAAGAACAGCAAGUCUUUGCCACGUGACACAGUCAAUAUUGUGAAGGAUCACUCAGAAAUGGCCGACUGGGUUGACUCAGAUCCUUUUUAUAUAAGCACCAACAACUACACCAAGAUAGUCGUGGACAGAGUUCAGGCUGCAGACCAAAGAUUUUAUAACAUUCUGCUUCUAGCUACUGAUUCCGGGAAGAUCCAUAAAGUCUUGGAGUCUGGGUCAGAACCUUUUAUCAUAUCUGAAACACAGCUCUCCAACUCUUCAAUCAUACAGUCAAUGAAGCUUGACUCUAAAAAGAAAACCUUAAUUGUGGGGUUUGCUGAGAGAAUAACUGCAGUAAACCUUCAGAGUUGUCAGGAGUACAGCAAGUCUUGCGAAGAAUGUGUUCUGGCCCGGGAUCCAUACUGUGCCUGGACUAACGAUGGAUGCACCUCGACUGUCCCCGGGAGCAUUCAGAAUAUCGUGGAUGGGAAAACAAACGUAUGCAAUUUAACAGUUAAAGCGCUAAGAAACCGGACCAAACGUGAGAUACGUCCAUUAUCAUCAGUGCAUUUGAGGACAGUUCAUUCACUCCCCCAGGGUGUGCCUUUCUAUCUGUCCUGUCCUAUAGACUCCUACCACGCCGAGUAUACAUGGGAGCAAAAAGGCCAAAAGAGUCCUUGUUUGCAGAUGCUUACCAACUGUCUGCACCUCAUUCCGUCCAUGUCACAGGAGAACUAUGGCACGUACAGAUGCAUUUCGAAAGAGAAAGACUACAUCAAAGUGGUGGGAACAUACGAGCUCAUAGAGAACCAAGAACCAAAAAAGUGCUCAAAAAGCAAUACACCUGACAACUGGAACGCUGCACCAGCUCUUAUUCCAGAGAUGAUAUGGAUCACGCUGCUUGUGGCAAUAAUUUCUUUUUGAACUGAGUCUCUGUUACUCACUACUUUUAAUUUGCAGUGUCAAAACUUCAAGCCCCCUGUAUUCAUGGUUAUAAUAAUGCACCAACGGAAAUCCAUGUCAAGCCUUUAGCGGAACCUUACACAGAAACAUUUCUGUUGUGAAAAAAGCUUAUUGUUUCAAAGAGGGGCUAGAACAGGAAGUGGGCAGAAAAAGAAAGAAGUACAACCGGUCAGCUGCAGUGAACACUGCAUUAGAAUGGUCUCUAAUGGUGAUUGAAAACAUCUGAGCAUCUUACAUAAAACACUUUAGCUGAGUACCUUUCUUCCUUUUAACACAAUGAAAGAAAGAAAUGGAAGGCACAGAAAGUAAUCAGAGGUAAUUCCUCCAUUCUUGAAUGCAUAUCUCAAGUCAACAACACUAUUAAACUAUGAGUGUAAGUGGGAAAGCUUCCAGUCAAAGGGCCACAGACAAUCUUUAAACAGUAAGUCGGCUUAAUUGUAAGUCUUACCACUUUCCUCUUUCCAUUUUAGUCCAUAUAGAGCCCAAAAAAAUUUGGGGGGGAGAGCUCUUUCCACUUUAGUCCAUAUAGAGCCAAACAAUGUAAAUUAUCUGUUUAUUUUUUGACACUGCACUGCUGACCAGAUAAUUUAAGAAUGUGUCUCCACCUUCUUUUUGCCUAGCUGUCUCAGUGCUCAGAAAGAUAUUUUAAAAAUGUACAAUGAAAAUAUUUGGCUUUUGAUAUUGGGAAAUGGCUUCUCUCAGUAUUUAAAAGCAGUUAGGUCAAAAAUACUCUAAAACAUGCAAAAGUUUGGCCUAUUUGUAGUGUUAUAAUUUCUAACACAUACUCAGUGAAAUUGGGUAUGUGUUUUCCUGACGCUGGACAGGGUAGGGAUAGUGAAGGUGGAUGAGUUGGCAUUGCUCAUCCACAGCAGGGAUAAUGCAUAAAAGAGGAGAAGAAGCAAGUGCAGGUAGUGUGGAGUGGAUGGAAACAAUUGACGGGGUGAUUUGUGACAGAAGGAUAACAGCAAGAGUGAAAGGGAAGGUUUACAAGAUGGCAGUGAGACCUGUUAUGAUGUACGGUUUGGAGACGGUGGCAGUGACAAAAAGACAGGAGGCCGAGCUGGAGGUGGUAGAGAUUUGAUUUUGUUGGGAUUAGAAAUGAGUCGAUCAGAUGGACAGCUCAGCUGAGACGGUUUGGGGAAGUGCAGAGGAGGCGUAUUAUUAUACUGGAAAGGAUGUUAAAGAUUGAGUACCACUAUAAGAAAAAACAUAACAAAAAUCUUAUUUUCGUACACAUUUUGUGUCCCUUCAGUUUGACAGUAUUAUAGCACUGAUAGCACUUUCUUUUUUUUCUUUUUUUGUUGAUCUAUACUAUAAUACAAAUAAAAUAGUGCACAUAAUAUUGUUAAAAUGAAUUAUUUUAAUCACCUUGUAGAGAAAACCUCUAAAGAACACAGAGUUGGCCUCAGUAGCCUGAGAUGGAGUCAGAUUCCUUACCUGAAUUAUUGCUUUAGUCCCUUGAUAGAGAGUGUUAUAGAGCAAUAAUGUAGCUAAUGAACCACUUAAAACUUUAUUUACACCAGAAUGUACUAAGCUGUGCCUUGUGUUGCUUUAAUUCUAUGAAUUUAACAUAAUGUCUCUUUAUAGCUUGUGUCGUCAUGUAGUCUUUGUUACACACAUGUAUUUUGGUACGGUAUUAACUUGUUAUUUAAUCCUGAAUGUUUUAAAAAAAACUGUUUUUUUUAAUAUGAAAAGCAUUAUUUAUUUCAAUAUUCACAAAAUAUUUAAAGAGAUAAGAAAACUUGCUAAUGUCUUGUAAUGAUUUCUUCAUCAUAAAAAAGAGUGUGACAAUUUACUGUUCACAAGGAGUCAUCCUAUCAGGUAAGAUAUUGUUAUUCAAUCUUAGCAGGCUGUGUUUUAAUCAGUCAGAGUACUCUGUAAAUAACUUUCAGCAUGAUGAGAGGGCAGAUGACAAAGCAAGGAUCUUGAGCUUAAGCUGUCUUUUACCUAGAUCUAGUCACAGCGUUCUUAAUGACUGCACAGAGUACAUCCUGCUUAUGUAAAGAGAUUUGGUACUACAGUGUACGUGCAUAGACAAAAACAAGAAAUGGUCAUUUGGGUGGAGUCUGAUACGGUUGUAAGAUUUUCUUUCAGAUUAACUAAUUGAAGUCCAGAAACUCCAUGGAAACCUUGUGUUGUUUAUGCUUCUCUCGUCCUGUCUCCAAAUAUGAGAUAACACAGCAUCCAUUAUCCAUUAUAGUGGAACACUUGACUCUGAACUUGGCUCUCACAGUCUUUUGGCCACACUCUAUUGACCAAACCCUGUUGCUGCAGUUUCAUUCUAGGAGACACGCUCUUUCAGCCACUGACUUGGAGUGACACACUAUGUUGUUGUGGGCUCUGUUUUACAGCCACGUGGUUUGAACGUUUUGAUCUGCAGUGUCUACACAAAUAUUUAACACUGUAGAAGGAGAUGGUACUUUCCGCUGUUUAUGAUUCAUAUGUUGUUCUGUCUGUCUUAGACUACUUAUAAUGAAGCUUACUCAAUCUGUGGCUUAAGGCAGAUUUUACAUAAUCUCUGAUCUAACAACUAGGUUUGUCCUUUGGUAAACCAUCUGCAUUCACUCAUGUUUUGUUUGUGUCUGGGUUCUUUUCUGAGUCACUCCUCAUCAAGUUGUAGAAAUGUGUCAA